AUGUCUUCAUCGUACAACAACUCAAUCUCAUCAUCCUCCGCUCAGUCUUUCCGUUUCUCCGGCGCAUCCACUGGAGCAAACAACGUUAACAGUGAAGAGACGGCGAUGACAAUGAUUCAACAACCCAACUCCGUUUCUCCACCACCCAAGAGACUAAGAAACAAACCAGGAAACCCAAGUCCAGAUGCUGAAGUGAUAUCACUGUCUCCAGAGGAGAUAAUGGCAACGAACAGGUUCCUAUGUGAAGUAUGCAACAAAAGGUUUCCAAGAGAGCAGAACCUACAGCUUCACAGGAGAGGACACAACCUUCCAUGGACGCUGAAACAAAAGUCGGACGAAGAAGUAAGGAAGAAGGUGUAUGUUUGUCCCGAGCCCACGUGCGUCUACCAUGAUCCGUCACGUGCUCUCGGAGACAUCACCGGAAUCAAGAAGCAUUAUUGCCGGAAGCAUGGUGAGAAGAAAUUUAAAUGCGAGCAAUGUCCUAAGAGUUAUGCUGUUGAAUCUGAUUUCAAAGCUCACUCUAAGAUUUGUGGUACCAAAGAGUAUCGAUGUUACUGUGGUACAACCUUCACUAGAAGAGACAGUUACGACACUCAUAGAGCAUUCUGUGAUGCAUUAUUACAAGAGCCAGCAAGAAACCCUACCGUGAGCGACAAGGAAAUAACAGCUGCUGCAGCUGGUGGAGGUGGUGGCAGACCAUUCUUUUUCGGCGGUGCUUCUUCUGCUCUCUCUCACAACCAUUUUGGUAAAAGCUCAAACACUGGUUAUACCCCGCUAGCUAGAGGUUACAAUCUGAAUCGUUCAUCGUCCGAGAUGUUUGGAGACUUCGUUCCUCAGCCCACAAACCCUAACCAUGGUCCUACUAAUUUCCCCAUGCAAUACCCUUCGAACCGAGGACUCAACAACAAUAACAACAACUUGCUCAAUCCUGGAUACUUUCAAGACAAAACUGUCACUAGGAACCUCUCUGCUCAGACAGGUGUUCCUUCUCUGUUCAACCAUGCUGAUAACAACGUUCCUUCUGCUUUGAUUGGAGGGUUUAGUUCCUCAUCACCUUCUGCGAAUGUGGUCGUUAAUAACUUUGGAGGCAGUGGUAAUGGAAACUUUCAAGUUCAGAUGAACUCUCUAGCUGCGACAAGUGGUCUUCAAGGCCGGCCCGGUAGCAGCAAUUUCGACCAUCGUUUCGGAAACAAUCUCACUGAUAGGGAGACUUUGGACUUUCUUGGCGUUAAUGGUCGUGGUGGUGGUCGUAAUGGACCUCCUUUGGACGUUGACAAGAAGUAUCAAGACCCAAAUAAUCCGUAUGGAAGAGUUUGA